UUCCCUUCUUUCUUUCUUUUGGUUGCUAUUACGAAACCUGUUUUGAAUCUGCCCACCGCCCGCACAAUCUUAGUUUCCCUUUUCUUUAGAAUUCGUUUUUUCUACUGUUUCUUUGGCUUGCCUUUACCAAAUCCACAACCCCUCUUCAACUCUAUUUCACAGCUCUCUUUCCUUCGCACCAUCCAUCCACUUUGCAAUUACAUAGAUUCACUUCUUUUCUCAUUUUUAUCAACUUGGACCAGUAUUACUAGUAGCAAUCGAUAGAUUGAGAUUUCUCACCCUUUUUUUUUCUUUUGCUAUUUGUUUGUCUUUGGCGGACACUGCAGUGUUCAUUUCAGCAGCUUCUUGCCAAGAAAAGAGCACGCCUCUUUUUCAUUUUUAGUCAGUCUUAAGCUGUCCGCUGUUUGCGGCUCCUGCAGCUUCCUUUCUUUUUUUUUUUUUUUUUUGUGUGUGGAGAAAUUCAGAGAGCUGUGAUUUGAUUGUUAUCUUAGAAUAAAACUGCCAAGUUUCUAUGUUGUGGUGGUGGAUGAGAUGAGGGAUGCUAUCCGGGUUGAUGAACUUUCUCAAUGCCUGUCUCUGGCCACGGUCAGAUCAGCAGGCACGUUCUGCCUCAGAUUCUGGCGGCCGGCAAGAGGGACUCCUUUGGUACCGAGACUCCGGUCAGCACGUCUUUGGUGACUUCUCCAUGGCCGUUGUUCAAGCCAACAGCUUGCUCGAGGACCAGAGCCAGCUCGAGUCUGGCUCUCUAUCCUCCCUCGACUCUGCUCCCUUUGGCACCUUUGUUGGCGUCUACGACGGCCACGGUGGCCCUGAGACCUCCCGCUUCAUCAAUGAUCAUAUGUUCCACCACCUCAAGAGGUUUACUGCGGAGCAACAGUGUAUGUCAUCGGAGGUGAUUAAAAAAGCCUUCCAAGCGACCGAAGAAGGUUUCCUAUCUAUAGUUACCAAUCAGUUUCCAACUAGACCUCAGAUAGCCACUGUGGGAUCGUGCUGUCUUGUAAGCGUCAUCUGCGAUGGGAAGCUCUAUGUGGCCAACGCGGGGGACUCCCGGGCAGUGCUGGGACAAGUCAUGAGGGUGACUGGGGAGGCUCACGCCACCCAGCUCUCGGCCGAGCACAACGCAUCUAUAGAGUCAGUGCGCCGGGAACUUCAAUCCCUGCAUCCGGAUCAUCCCGAUAUUGUGCUUCUGAAACAUAACGUCUGGCGAGUAAAAGGCAUCAUUCAGGUUUCAAGAUCCAUUGGUGAUGUGUAUUUGAAACGGCCAGAGUUCAACAGGGAACCUCUGUAUGCCAAAUUCCGCCUAAGGUCACCGUUCAGCAAGCCAUUACUGAGUGCAGAGCCGGCGAUCACGGUGCAUACACUGGAGCCGCACGAUGAGUUUAUAAUAUGCGCUUCAGAUGGACUCUGGGAGCAUAUGAGUAACCAAGAAGCAGUAGAUAUCGUCCAGAAUCACCCGCGUAACGGGAUUGCAAAGCGGCUGGUGAAAGUAGCGCUUCAAGAAGCGGCAAAGAAGAGAGAGAUGAGAUACUCAGACCUGAAGAAGAUUGACAGAGGGGUGAGGCGACAUUUCCACGAUGACAUAACAGUGAUAGUUGUCUUCUUUGAUACGAACCUAGUGAGCAGAGCAAGCUUGUUGAGAGGACCGGCAGUGUCAGUGAGGGGAGCUGGUGUGAACCUGCCUCACAACACAUUGGCGCCUUGCACAACCCCCACACCUGGCGCCUCCUGACCCUGCCUCCCCUCCCCCACCCACUAUUGAAUUUUACGCUCUCCUCUUCUAAAUUCUUUUCUAAGAUCUCUUCUUCUGUAACUAUAUAUAUAUAUAUAUAUAUAUAUAUUUGAUUAUUACUGCUAUUAUUAUCAUUGACUGGGGGAAAGGAUAAACAAGUGCUAGUUUUGUUGGUUCCCUCCUCUUUUGUUAGCUGUGGACUUGAGCAAAGAAAUGGUCACAACGAAUAUUUAUUCUUCUUC